AAAGACCGCAUCGGAGACGGACAGACUUGUCGGCUUUAACUCAGUUCUAGCUUUGAUUUGGAUGCUGUCAUACCUUUAAUCAAUUAACUCAAACAAAGUUUUGUUUGCAACUACGAACACUACUGUUUCUCCGGACAGCAGUGACAACCUCACCUCCGACCUACCGUACCAAACCUCCGCAUCCCUUCUCUACACCCAUCCCAUCCUACCUUUUUGCCUCCCAUACUCUAUCCAUCCUCCCACCCCAAAGAAAGACGGCACCAUGCCAAACCCAACCCCCGCCGAAACAGAAGCCCACCAAAAACUCCUCGACACCCUAGACAUCGCCCAAAUCCCCCGCCCCUUCCGCUCCUCCACCUGGCGCCCCUCGCAACGCCGCAACAAAAACGUCAAACAGCUCCUCUCCGAAAACUCCAGAAAAGAAGCCACCGCCUCAGUCCUAGCCACGCAAGCAAAUUCCGGCGCAACAACGCCCCUCCCACCGACCACCGGCACAGAGACACCUGCUGAAGGAGCACAGGGGGGAGAGAAUAUCGCGCAGGCAGCGCAGAACCUGUCAACCCUUGUGCUAGAGAAGAAUGCGAAUGCGCGCGCGAUGGCUGGUUUGGGAUCAGGACCGUCCGUGACGUGGACGAAUAUCGAGUCUGCGCCGUCGUUGCAUCCUGCGCAGCAGAAGCGGUAUUGUGAUAUUACGGGGUUGCCGGCUUCGUAUACGGAUCCGAAGACGAGGCUGAGGUAUCAUGAUAAGGAGGUGUUUGGGGUGAUUCGGUCGCUGGCACAAGGUGUGCCGGAGAGUUAUUUGGAGGUUAGGGGAGCGCAGGUUGUGCUCAAGUAGCCUAUCUACCGGUUCUGUUUUACGAGAAUAUCACGAUAACAAGUUGGGGCAUUUGCAAACUUAACAUUAAUGCUAAGCUAAUAAGAAGAAUGUACGAUCAACACAGUCAAGCCCUUUCCACCCACCAUGCCCCUUUCGAGACAGGCUCAAAGAAAACGCUCCGGCUUAUUCGUGACCUAAGAAAAAGAUUGCUCUUCGCCUUGUGCUUUGCACUCGACUAGUACCGAUGCUCCACCGAAUUGGAACAUCAGUUACAGCACACAGGGUGCUGUCGUCGCGGCGUUGUCUAUUGGGGGCUUUCAAUCGAACAUUGGGGGAUAAUAACUGUAAUGUUAGUCUAAUAAUGAAUGCCAUGCGCAUUUAGCAUCAUCCAAUUGAGCAAUCAUCAUCCUCAG